UUUCUCCUCCUCUUUCUAAUCUCUCUCUGCUCAGAGUCCUUGGGGGCGUUAGGUUUCCGUCGCAAGCUCUGUUAGGGUUCACUUUAGGGUUUUCGCCGUUGCCUGGAAGCCAUGGCGGAACACGAGGAGGGCGCCGGUUCGGUGAUCGAAAGCGUGGUGGAGAAGAUACAAGAGAAACUGCAUCACGAGGACUCGUCGUCGUCCUCCGAUUCUGACGACGACAAGAAGAAGCCGUCCGUCUCGUCCGCUGUUUACCGGCUGUUCGGCAGAAAGCAGCCCGUACACAACGUGCUCGGUGGUGGAAAGCCUGCUGAUAUUUUUCUAUGGAGAAAUAAGAAGAUUUCAGCUGGCAUGCUUGGUGGAGUUACUGUGGUCUGGCUUCUUUUUGAGUGGCUUGGAUAUCAUCUGCUCACCCUUGUUUGCCAUUUUCUCAUACUCGUGUUGGCAAUUCUAUUUCUCUGGUCCAAUGCAACUUCAUUCAUCAACAAGGCUCCACCAAAAAUACCAGAAGUCCAUAUCCCAGAGGAUGUUGUUGUGAACCUUGCCCGUGGGCUGAGGUUUGAACUUAACCGGGCAUUUGCUCUUCUACAUGAGGUGGCUUUAGGGCGUGAUCUUAAGAAAUUUCUUGGUGUGAUCGCUGGGCUUUGGAUUCUCUCUGUUGUUGGGAGUUGGUGCAACUUCCUUACUCUGUUCUACAUAGCUUUCGUGACGUUGCACACAGUACCAGUAUUGUACGAGAAAUAUGAAGAUCAGAUUGAUUCUGCAGCGGAGAAGGCUGGUAUUGAAAUCAAGAAGCAAUAUGCGGUGUUUGAUGCUAAGGUGUUAAGUAAAAUCCCCAAGGGGCCAUUGAAAGAAAAGAAAUUCUAAGAACCAAGGGGCUUUUUAGCAUCUGUACUUCUGGAUGGGUUUUGCACUUUUCAAGGGUUCACUAGCUUCUUAUCCGCUGUCAACUUUAAUCCCUUGUAAAAUUAUCUGGCCUGCUGAACCAUCCCAGAAUGUUAUAUAUGCGGGAUUGUCUGUUAUCAGCUGUUUCCCUGUCGGCUUUAUUUUCAGAUUUGUGUAACCAUGGAUUCACAUAGGAUUUUCGUGAGUGGGUAAUGUGUUACCAAAUUUCAUGUCCUAUCGGUCCGUGUUCAUGCUUUUCUUCAUGUUUUUCUGUAAGAACGUUUCGUUCUAUGUUUAUGUUACAUUUGCAUGCUCA